UUGGCAUGCGGCAUCAACUGUAACAUUAGCAACGUUGAAGAGUUGGCAUGCGGCAUCAACUGUGACAUUAGCAACGUUGAAGAGUUGGCAUGUGGCAUCAACUGUAACAUUAGCAACGUUGAAAAGUUGGCAUGCGGCAUCAACUGUAACAUUAGCAACGUUGAAGAGUUGGCAUGCGGCAUCAACUGUAACAUUAGCAACGUUGAAGAGUUGGCAUGCGGCAUCAACUGUAAUAUUAGCAACGUUGAAGAGUUGGCAUGCGGCAUCAACUGUAACAUUAGCAACGUUGAAGAGUUGGCAUGCGGCAUCAACUGUAACAUUAGCAACGUUGUAAAGUUGGCGUGCGGCAUCAACUGUAACAUUAGCAACGUUGAAAAGUUGGCAUGCGGCAUCAACUGUAACAUUAGCAACGUUGAAGAGUUGGCAUGCGGUAUCAACUGUAACAUUAGCAACGUUGAAGAGUUGGCAUGCGGCAUCAACUGUAACAUUAGCAACGUUGAAGAGUUGGCAUGCGGCAUCAACUGUAACAUUAGCAACGUUGAAGAGUUGGCAUGCGGCAUCAACUGUAACAUUAGCAACGUUGAAAAGUUGGCAUGCGGCAUCAACUGUAACAUUAGCAACGUUGAAGAGUUGGCAUGCGGCAUCAACUGUAACAUUAGCAACGUUGAAGAGUUGGCAUGCGGCAUCAACUGUAACAUUAGCAACGUUGAAGAGUUGGCAUGCGGCAUCAACUGUGACAUUAGCAACGUUGAAAAGUUGGCAUGCGGCAUCAACUGUAACAUUAGCAACGUUGAAGAGUUGGCAUGCGGCAUCAACUGUAACAUUAGCAACGUUGAAGAGUUGGCAUGCGGCAUCAACUGUAACAUUAGCAACGUUGAAGAGUUGGCAUGCGGCAUCAACUGUAACAUUAGCAACGUUGAAAAGUUGGCAUGCGGCAUCAACUGUAACAUUAGCAACGUCCGUCAUUCUUUGUGUGUGUAA